CGAUCAUUUAGUGACCUGACUACACUGGCACUUGUUUAAAAUACAAAUUGGGGGUGCCCUGAAAACGAAACCAGUGCCCGUGUUCUGAUGGAUUUGUAAUGUGACAUUUUAAAGAUUUCAGUUUACAUAUUGAAAUGCGCAAGGCAUUUUUUCAGGUGUCCUGUCGGUGUUAUACUUCAAGCUCUGAUUCCCGUAGACUCCUGUUAAAUAUUUAAUGAGUAGGAAAUUAUAUACUUCAUUAUUUGCGUUUAAGAUUCGGUCAACACCUUGAACAUGUCUGUGAUAAUGGAUGUAUGGAUCUAUAACGUGAUUUUUCUCACUCUAUGUUAUGAAGUAAUUUUGUCAAAAACGGAAGAAACAAAAGAAUUCUGCCACAAUGAAAGACAGAUGAUUGAAAGAUUCUUUGAUUGUGAUGUUGGACAUAUUACGAUUUCUGUAGAGGGAGAUCCUAAUCAUGUUGAUCAAUGUGAUUGGAAUCAAGGAAAAAUGUGGUGUAUUAAUGGGAAUUAUUAUAAUACCAAUAAAUCUCUGACAUUCAGUUUCAAUUUCAAACUGGAACACCAUGCCGGAAAACAGUUGAUAAUACGUUCCUGGUGUAAAAAUAGAAAACAUGUUAACAAAUCAAUUAUAUUGAUGAUACCAUGCCGCUCAGAAUUCACAGUUUCUGCCACCUACAACAAAGAACACAUGAAUCUCACCUGCCGACAUAAAUUCUUCCAUUUGUUACCAGUGGGACUCCAUAUAAAGAGGAAGAAUGAAGACGGCUUUAUAGUUACCUGUACAUGGAACAGAAAAGAUUUAGCUACACAGUGUACAACAAUAGAAAAAAGACACGCCCACAAAAAUGGAAUAGCCAGUUAUAAAGCGAAGUAUCCUGGAGAGUACCAGUGUGUGAUGGGUGGACAGAUCAUUGAUAUACCGUCCAGAGAGGUCCCCACAUUCAAAGGAAAUACAACAAAGAAACAAAACAGCUGGAUCAACACAGGAAACUUCAGGUUAAUUUCAAAGAUGUGGAAGCCCUUCAAAAAGUCUUUCUGA